AUGGAGCAGGAUCACAUGCUCCGAGAGCAGCCACCCUCCUACUCACAGUCUCACGACCCUCAAUCUCUGAGUUUUCCCUCAGUCCCCACCGCAGAUCCACCUCCCACCCAUCAUGAGCGUACCUUGCCUCCCUUACCACCUGCUCCCACAGAGCCACGACUACGCGCAGAGGAGCACCAGUUCGUCUGGCCGUCUUCAAACCCAUUGACCGCCUACUACCAGCCCGGUCCCUCACAACUCUCGCCGAAGACCAACUCCUCGUCGCAUGACAUCGAGUCACCUAGAACCAUGGAUAUCGAUACACCAGACAGCCGGAGGCGUGGUGGAAGUGUGCUGUCGAUUGAUGAUCCUGAUGUGCGCAUCGCAGCUGAAGCGCUGGGAGACCUUCGAGCUGACUUUAUACAAUCUCCCCCACAACAAAAUAGAUCACUGCCACCAUCUUCUCCUCCAUCCUUUCAAUCAAGAGGGGCAGGGCAACCCGAACCACUCCUCUCCCUCCUCACAACUUCACACCCUCUUAUCGGUACCGCGAUUGGCGGUUCAUUGUCCGCCUAUUCGGCAUCCAAAAACUAUAGUCCGCGAUUCAAGUCGAGUGCAGAAUAUGUGGAAAGAAGAUUUACUCCCGUCGUUAAUACUGUUGGGUCUGUCGGACGAUUAACUGGGGUGGAAGGAGGGGUACGCUGGUUUCUUGGGGAACGACGGCCGAGUCACCAGCAACCUUCUGAUUUAGAAAACGGUGCAGAAGUUUCCAACAAGCGCCGGAAGAUGGGAACGGAGGAGAUGGACAUCGAUCGUGAUGUUGCACAUGACCCCUAUCCAGUCCAUCGUCAGGAGUUGCAACAUCGCCAACGAAGACCAAGUCAGGGCUCAACAGUGGAAAGCCUUCCAGCAUAUGAUGAGCACAGAAGUCCAGAUUAUGAAGCAGCGCAACAAGCGCUGAUUCCCACCCAAAGUCAAGAAGAGCCCACCUCGCCUGGAAGUUCAUGGCAAUCCCGUCUCGUCCUAUCCACUAGCGGCCUUAGUGUCGCCAUGAGUGAGGAGUCUUUGCGGAGCCUGAAGUACUGCUUAGGGUGGUUGCGGUGGGCAAAUGAACACAUUGGUAAAGUUAUUCUAGCAUUGAAAACUGUGUUGGAACAGUAUGAUCAAGGCAGCGCAGAAGAUUCUGGAAAAAUCGAAGGAUCUGGAUCUGAAGGACAGUUGAUCAUAAGGAGCGACGCAGAAAGAUCAGCGCUCAACGCAAAAAUCGCGGAGCUGAAGAGAGACGUUUUGAAGACCUUGAAAGAGGUCGUGGAUAUCGUGUCAAAAUAUGCCGGAGGAGCAUUGCCGGAAAACGCAAGAGACUUAGUUCGUCGGCACUUGACGAGUUUGCCACAGCGAUUCAGACUUGCGAGUUCAAGAAAUACUGAAAGUUCGAGAAACGGCGAGGGUGGUGAUGUUGAGAUCAGGGAUGGUGCUAAUCGGGUUUUGGUUUUGGCAAAAGAGGGAUUGGAUAUGAUGGCCCAGGUGUCAGGUGUGCUCGAUGGAACGAUCGUUAGUGCUGAAGAGUGGUGCGAAAGGUUGGGACGUUCAAAGCGUGAAGAAACGCAGGCCCAAGGACGGAAUGGCGAGAUGGAGAAGCCUCCGAUGGAGUUGCCUCCCAUGAAUCCAGGGAAUGGUCAUAUGAAUGGAUAUAUGAGUGGGCCUCCCGAUUUUAAGAUGGGAUGA